AUGAUGAGCUCACGCGCUGCGGGCAAGGAGCCGGUGCACGCCAUGCCCAGCCGCGAAGAGUUCCUGAAGCUGCCCGAGGACCAGCGCAACCAGAUCAAUGAGGCCUUCACCGUCUUCGACAGCGACCGAGACGGCCGAAUAGACUACAACGAGAUGCGCUUCUCCCUCCGCGCAUUGGGUUUCGACCUCCCCAAGCAAGAGACCUACCCAUACCUGACCAAGUUCGCCGUGCAGCCCGUCUCCUGGCCCCAGGGCAAGGAGUGCGGGCCCGUGUGGCGCGAGUUCACGCUGCCCAUCUUCCAGGGGAUCGCGGGCAGCCUCAUGUACAACCGCGACCCCGUCGAGGAGUGCCGGCGGGCGUUCCGCCUCUUCGACGUCGACGGCAAGGGUGUCAUCACGGUCGAGGACCUGCGCCGCGUCAUGAAGGAGAUCGGGCAGGCCAUGGAGGAGACGGAGCUGGGCGCCAUGAUCAGGGAGUUUGACACCGAGGGCAAGGGGGGCGUCAACGAGGACGAGUUCAUCAAGAUCAUGCUGGCGAAGCGGCAGGGCUAG